AUGAAGGCAGGCAGGCAGGAAGAGGGGGACGCCCUAGAAAUAGAGAAUUAGAUGGCUCGCUGCUCUGCAUUCACAUUUCAAUCCACACACUGCAUAUAAUAAGAAAAUUCCUCUCUUCAAUUUCGCCGCCUGCAUUUUGCUUCUUGCUUGCGAUUCGUCAACUGCAUCCGCAUUGAAUUGGAUUGAAUUGCGAUUACGAAGGAUUUCGCCGUUUCGAUAUACGGAGGGGGGGUGUUGGUACUUGUCUCUGGAGGAGUGACGGUUAUCGGGAGGUUAGGGUUUAAUUUGAUCCGUUUCUCACUGUGCUAGGAUUGCUUCCGCUUUCGAUUCCUGUGUUUUUUUCGUGUGCCGAUUUCGGUGUGCCUGGAUUCAGUUGUCGUUUUGUUUUUUCUGAGUAUGUGUGUGUUCGGGAAACCACAUGGUUGGAGAAUUUUAGUUUGAGGGUUUGCUUUUCGUUUUGUUGGAAGGCCCACAUUCUCUUGUGGGUUAUUAGUUUGUCGUUUUGUGGUACCCGAGGGGAGGAGGUAUUGGUGAAUUUUGUUAAAUUUCGUGGCCGUUGGGCGCGAUUGUGGUUAAAGAGGAUGAGGGUUUGGUAAGUUGAAGUGAAGUAGGAAGAAACUCGUCUUUUUUGGGCUCAUCAGUGUUGAAGGAUUGUGGAUAAAUCAAUCACCACAAUUGAAUUAGGUGUGGAAUGCUGCUAAGAGUUAACUCAGCUUUGUUCUAAAGAUUGAUUUGUGGGGGUAGUGAAAAGUGGGUUUGUUCUAUACCCCCAUUUGCAGCAAGGAAACCUUUGGUUUUCAUCUUUAGUAGAGGUCAAUCUAGAAAGAAACUGUUAGAGAUAACUGAGUUGCUUAGGUUUAGAUGAUGUCUGGUGCUGAUGGAAAGAACUGAACCCGCGUUUGUUCCAGAAUGGUUGAGAUGUACAGGAAAUGUUGCUGGAAGUGGCGGCUCCUCAAUCCACCACUCAGAUGUUUCUUCCCCCUCACACAACAUGCGCAAUAGAUCUUUUGGUGGCAACAAGGAUACAGAUAGUCCGCGUUAUCUGGAUAGAAGUUCUUCAUCCAAUGCUAGGCGUAGUUUAAGUAGUGAUGGCCCAGGAAAACAUCCAUACAGUAGUUUCUCAAGGAGCCACCGGGAUAAACACCGUGAUAGAGUGAAAGAGAAGUCUCCUUUGGAGGACAUCUGGAAUAAUGGCUCUGCUGAUCCCUUAGAAAGUAUAUUGACUAGCAGAGUGGAGAGGAGGUCCCUGAGUCGUUCCCAGUCACAGGUUUCUAGAAAACCUGGUGAAAAGUUGCCUCAAAGAAUAGAGAACUCGCAAGUUAGUGGGAAUGGUGCACUUUCUGGUGGCAGAAAUUCUAAUACAAUUCAGAAGGCAGUUUUGGAAAAGGAAUUUCCAUCACUUAGAACUGAAGAGAAGCAAGAUUUGACAGGAAUCAAGCGAGUCUUAUCUCCUCGCCUGACUUCUGCUGUUCAAAGCUCGGCCAUUGGCAACUCAGGGUUUCUCUGUGGUGAGAAAUGGACUUCUGCUUUGGCAGAGGUGCCUGCUAUUCCUACAAAUAAUGGCACUACCAGCACUCUUCCACCCAGUGUUGCUAUGGUUUCAAAUUUAUCAUCUACUGCUUCUAGUCCAGGAGGUCUUAACAUGGCCGAGGCAUUGUCACAGCCUGCAGCAAGAGUUCGCACUCCCACUCAGCUCUCUGAUAAGAACCAGAGGCUUGAAGAAUUGGCUAUCAAGCAAUCCAGGCAAUUAAUUCCUGUGACACCUUCAAUGCCCAAACCCUUGGUUUCUAGCUCCGUGGAUAAAACAAAACAGUCAAAGGCUGCUGCCAGAACUAAUGAGACAAGCAUGGUUUCCAGGGGUGUCCAUCAACAGCCCCAUUCAGCUCAUCUUGCUAAUCCAUCCCGUGUUAUACAAACCAAACCUGAUUCCGCAAGUGCCUCUCAUUCUGGAAAGUUUCUUGUUCUCAAGCCUGGGCGUGAGAAUAUCGCACUUGGAGCAAAGGAUGCUUUGAGUGGAGGUAGUGAUGCUGAUGGAAAAGUAGCUAACGGCCAGCACAUUAUGUCUCCAGCUACUCCAAUUGUGUCGACAAGUCCAAGUACCUCUGUGGUUUCUGCACUUGAAAACAGGGCUGGUGCCUUAACACUGAGUUCCAAAUCUACUGUGGACAAGAGAUCUUCUCAAUCACUUGCACAAAGCAGAAGUGAAUUUUUCAAUCUUAUGAGGAGAAAAAAAUCAUCAAGUGCUACAAACAACCAUUCAGACUCGAGUUUGACUGUUCCAUCUUCUGGUGCACAGACAUUUGGAGAAAAGUUUCAAGGAAGCCAUGGCGCAAGUUCUCAUAUUCCAGGAAAUGGCAUCUGCAAUGGCAAUAGCUAUGACAGUAACGAGAAGAUCAAAAGUCUUUCUGAUCCUGGAGAGGAUGGCUUUUCUGCUAAUGGAUCAGUCUAUCCUGAUGAAGAAGAAGCUGCUUUUCUUCGUUCCCUUGGUUGGGAGGAAAAUGGUGGUGAAGAUGAAGGCUUGACAGAGGAAGAGAUUAAUGCCUUUUAUCAGGAGUACAUGAAUAGAAGGCCAUUAUUGGAAGCUCGCCAAAAUUCUCAGCCCAAAGUCUCAACACCGACAAAAUUACCCAAUGCCUCGGGAGAUGCAAGCUCGGACUCAAGCUCCUCUGAAUCUGAAUCUGAAGGUUGAGCAGGAAUCAUUCUGAAAGUACUGUUGGAAAGUUUAUGUUUGAUCGACUUACUUCCACUACAUCCAUUUUGCCUUAACAAGAGUGAGGUUUGCUGCAAAUGCUUGGAUGAGUAGGUGUCUUGGAUGUCUGCACUAGGGAAAAUGGUAAAAUAAAUUAUUUGCUUCUGAAAAUAGGGUCUGGCAGAAAUCGAGAUUUGUUCACUUGUCUUUGUCUGGGAGAUGGGAUAGAGAUGGACAGGGCUUCAAAAUUAAUGUUUUGCAAUGGCAGCAUUCAUUAGAUUGUCUUUUUGGCGUACUCGUUGUCUUUGUUCUUUUUGUUUCUCUUUUUAGUUCUUUUGAGAUGUUGCUCUUGAGUUGGAAAACGGGUUUACAGUAUUUUUCCUGGAUUUUCAUGGCACGAGCGAGAAAAGAAAUGGGAAGUUACUACUACUACUACUACUA